UGGAGGGUCACAACAUUUCAAACAACAUGUUGUCAAAAAGUGUGGUGGGAAUGUGCGUGUUGGCCGCUGGGUGGCACGCAAGACGCACGAGAGUAAACGUGUCGGGGCAGGCGCACAUGAAUGACAACUGUUGUAGCAGCAGAUGAAUCAUCCAGCCGUCUGAGCUCCUUCAGCGCCGAAGAGGAGCUCAGAGAAAAGUUCAUAUAGCUGCUGCGAAAAGUUACUAAACAAACGUUUCUCUGCUGGCAGUGAUUAUCUUAAGGGCCCCAGCGGACCUGAAGACAUGGCAGCCUCUGAACUUUACACAAAGUAUGCCCGUGUAUGGGUCCCAGAUGCAGCAGAAGUGUGGAAGUCAGCAGAGCUUAUCAAGGACUACACUCCUGGCGACCUGACGCUCACACUGCAGCUGGAAGAUGGCACUGAGGUAGAACACAAAAUAGACCCCAAAACCAACAAUCUGCCCCCCCUAAGAAACCCUAACAUCCUGGUGGGUGAAAAUGACCUCACGGCUCUCAGCUACCUCCAUGAGCCUGCUGUUCUACACAACCUUAAAGUGCGCUUCAUUGACUCCAAGUUGAUUUACACCUACUGCGGGAUUGUCCUGGUGGCCAUCAAUCCUUAUGAGAGUCUGCCCAUCUAUGAAGCUGACAUCAUCAAUGCUUACAGUGGGCAGAACAUGGGAGACAUGGACCCCCAUAUAUUUGCCGUAGCAGAGGAAGCAUACAAGCAGAUGGCCAGAGAUGAAAGAAACCAGUCCAUCAUAGUGAGUGGGGAGUCCGGGGCAGGAAAAACGGUCUCUGCUAAGUAUGCUAUGCGAUACUUUGCCACGGUCAGCUGCUCCUCUGGUGAGACCAAUGUUGAGGAGAAAGUCCUUGCUUCCAGCCCCAUUAUGGAGGCUCUCGGAAAUGCCAAGACAACAAGAAACGACAACAGCAGUCGCUUUGGAAAGUACAUUGAGAUUGGAUUCGACAAGAAGCUUUCUAUAACUGGAGCCAACAUGAGAACCUACCUACUGGAGAAGUCUCGAGUUGUGUUUCAGGCCUAUGGAGAAAGGAACUACCAUAUUUUCUACCAGCUGUGUGCCUCUUCACAUUUACCAGAGUUCAAGGACUUCAAAUUAGGUUGUGCAGAUGACUUCAACUAUACUAACCAGGGUCAGAGCCGGGUCAUUGAUGGCGUGAAUGAUGCCAAAGAGAUGUUCAGUACCAGGAAGGCUUUCUCACUCUUAGGAAUCAGUGAAAGUGAUCAAAUGGCAAUUUACCAGAUUCUCGCUGCUAUUCUCCAUCUCAGUAACGUGGAGGUCAAGGAUCAGUCAGCGGACAGAAGCAGCAUCAUGCCAGAUAAUGCCCACCUGUUGGUUUUUUGUGACCUAAUGGGGGUCCCCUGUGAAGAAAUGGCUCACUGGUUAUGUCACAGGACACUUAAGACAACCACUGAAACCUACGUCAAGACUGUGUCCAAAAAAAGUGCCAUAAAUGGACGAGAUGCUUUAGCCAAACACAUCUAUUCUAGACUCUUCAGCAGGAUUGUGGCUGGUAUUAACAGUGCCUUAAAAUCCACAACGAAACAACGCUCCUUCAUUGGUGUGCUCGACAUCUAUGGGUUUGAAACAUUUGAUAUCAACAGCUUUGAACAGUUUUGCAUCAAUUACGCCAACGAGAAGCUUCAGCAACAGUUCAACCUGCAUGUCUUCAAACUAGAGCAAGAGGAGUACAUGAAGGAGGAGAUCCCUUGGACAUUGAUUGACUUCUAUGACAAUCAGCCUUGUAUUGAUCUCAUUGAGGCCAAGCUGGGUGUCCUGGAUCUUCUGGAUGAGGAGUGCAGGAUGCCCAAAGGCUCUGACGACACAUGGGCCCAGAAACUGUACAACACACUCCAGAAGCAGAAUGCCCACUUUGAGAAACCCAGAUUAUCAAACAGAGCGUUCAUCAUCCACCACUUUGCAGACAAGGUGGAGUACCAGUGUGAGGGUUUCCUGGAGAAAAACAAGGACACAGUCAACGAGGAACAGAUCAAUGUGAUGAAAAAGAGCAAGUUUGAUUUGCUGCUGAAGCUGUUUGAGGAUGAUGAACAGGCAGCAAGCUCUGCUAGCAAGCGCUCUGGUGUCAGUGGAAGAGGCGGGCAGAGUAAGAAGGAUAAUAAGAAGACUGUUGGACUGCAGUUUCGACAGUCUCUGCAUCUGCUGAUGGACACACUUAAUGCUACAACUCCUCACUAUGUCCGCUGUAUAAAGCCAAAUGACGAUAAAGCUUCAUUCAGUUUGGACCCUGUGAGGGCGGUGCAGCAGCUUCGAGCAUGUGGCAUCCUCGAAACGGUCCGGAUCUCAGCCGCAGGUUUCCCGUCAAGAUGGACCUAUCAGGAAUUCUUUAGUCGUUAUCGGGUCCUCAUGAAGCAGAAGGAUAUUCUUCCUGAUCGAAAACAAACCUGCAGAAACCUCUUGGAAAAGUUAAUCAAGGACCAGGAUCAGUAUCAGUUUGGCAAAAACAAGAUUUUCUUCAGGGCUGGUCAGGUGGCUUACCUGGAGAAGCUUCGUUCUGACAAGCUGCGCAUGGCUUGUGUCCGCAUCCAGAAGACUAUCCGCUGCUGGCUGGCACGCAAAAAGUACCUGAGGAUGAGGGAAUCAGCCAUCACCAUCCAGAAACAUGUGCGGGGUCACCAGGCACGCAGUUACGCCAAGUUUUUGCGGAAAACCAGAGCAGCUAUUGUCAUUCAGCGGAUGGUGCGAAUGUGGGUGACCAGAAGACAAUACAGGAGGCAGCGCUCUGCAGCAAUCGCUAUCCAGUGCUGCUUCAGGGCCUACAUUGCAAGGAAGCAGUACUUUAAGAUGGUGUAUGAGCGAAAGGCUGUGGUCAUCCAGAAGUGGGCGAGGGGCUGCUUGGCGAGGCGGCAGUAUAGACGCACUGUGGCAGCCAUCAUCCUGCUGCAGAGUUGUGUACGUCGCCUGAGGGCCAAGAAGAACUUAAAGAAGCUGAAGGUGGAGGCACGCUCGGUGGAGCACUUCAAGAAGCUCAACUUUGGCAUGGAGAACAAGAUUAUGCAGUUGCAACACAAGAUAAACGAGCAGCACAAAGAAAACAGAGAGCUUAGUGAGAAGCUGAAUUCAGUGGAGAAGACCAAGGCUCUCGAGAGGGAGAGACAGAAGAGAGAGACUGAAAACCUCCAUAGAUCAGAGCAGGACGCCAGAGCCAAGGCAGAGAAGCUUCCCUCACUGCUGGAGCAGCUUUCCUUCCUGCAGCAUGAGCUGGAAAAAACACGCAGGGAGAAAGACAACCUGGAGGAAGAGAAGAAGGCCUACGUCGAGAAGACACAGCAGGUGGUAGAGGUGCUUAACACGAAGAACAGCUUGUUGAACAACGAGAAAGAUGAACUGAACAAACAAAUCCUGGAGCAAGCCCAACAAUUAUCAGGGAUUAAAACUGACGCUGAGAUUACAAAACAAAUGGAGAAGGAUUUAGCUGAAGAACGCUCGCGCUACCAGAGUCUGCUGAGUGAACACCUGCACCUGGAGGAGCGACACAAAGACCUGAGAGAAGAGAUGGAUCUUAACAUUAAUCCAAGCAAACCUGGCCAAAACAGGAAAGACUCCAUCUACAGCACCUCCUCAGAGUUUAGUCAGAGCUUGGGCUCUACUGAGGGAGACGACAGCCCCGUACACACAGAGGAUGAGUCCCAGUUGACAGUGGACCUUCCAGUCCUUCUGAAGCUCCAGAGGAGAGUGACGGAACUGGAGCAGGACAAACAUUCACUGUGGCAGCAGCUGGAUAAGAGAGAAGAAGCCCAGCAUGAAAAGGCAAAAGAAGUGGAGCAGCAGAGAACUGCUGGCAGAGCAGAGCUGGAUUUGGAAACACUGAAGAGGCAAGAGCUCGAGUCAGAGAACAAAAAGCUAAAGCAGGAUUUAAAUGAGCUGCGGAAGUCUCUGACCGAUGAAAACAAUGAAGCAAUGCCUCCUACUCCUGGCUCGAUGCCCUACAACAUACUGCUGGACCAGCUCAGUUCUUCCACGGAGGAGCUGGAGAUGCGCAAAGAGGAAGUGCUGCUCCUCCGGUCACACAUGGUCCGCCAGGAGGCUCUUAAACACAAGGACUCUGUACUUGGGGAAGGAGUGAAUUUGGAUCUUGAAAUUUCCUCAUUUCAAGAUACUGACAGGUCCGCUGACAUCCACACGCUGAAUGAAGAUGGAGAACUUUGGCUGGCAUACCAAGGCUUGAAAGAAACAAAUAGACUUCUGGAGCUCCAGAUCCAGGAGCAGAAACGUAUUCAGAGUGAUAAGUACAGGAAGCUGCUGGAGGAGGUGAACAAGUUGAAGGCUGAGAAGGAGCAGCAGCAGAGAUUUCUGGCCCAGAGCCUCCUCCUUCCUGAGGAUGCCCGCGUCGAGGCGAGCCUGAAGCAUGAGAUCACACGGCUGACCACUGAGAAUCUGGAUCUUCUGGAGAACCACGAGAAACAAGACAAAACCAUUCGCAAGUUGAAAAAACAGCUGAAACUUUACAUAAGGAGAGUUGAAGAUUUGGAAGGAGGUUCUCAGCAGAAGAAUAACCCAUCCUUGGCAAACACUCAUAUCAGAGCGGUGAACAUCACCCGCAAAGAGAAAGAGUACCAGGGCAUGUUGGAGUACAGGGAGGGUGAAGAGGGCCGUCUGCUGAAGAACGUGGUCGUAGAACUGAAGCCUCGUGGUGUAGCAGUCAGCUUCCUGCCCGGACUCCCGGCUUACAUCAUCUUCAUGUGCCUACGAUAUGCAGACAACGUGAACGAUGAUCAGAGAAUCAGCAAUCUGCUCAAUUCCACCAUCAGCAGCAUCAAAGGGGUCAUAAAGAGGAGGGGAGAUGACUUUGAAGUGGUGUCUUUCUGGCUUGCCAACACGUGCAGAUUAAUGCACUGUAUUAAGCAGUACAGUGGAGACGAGGUUUGCAUGAAGCAAAACACAGCUAAGCAGAAUGAGCAGUGCCUGACCAACUUUGAGCUCUCAGAGUACCAGCAGGUUUUCGGUGACCUGGCCAUCCAGAUAUACCGCCAGCUCAUCAAAUGCAUGGAGGAGAUCCUGCAGCCAAUGAUUGUGGCGAGCAUGCUGGAGCAUGAGACCAUCCAUGGUGUUUUGGGCUCCAAACCGACAGGCCUGAGGAAGAAGAGCACCAGUACCUCAGAGGAGGGCGCCAUCACAGUGGAUGUCCUCCUGCAGCGUCUCAGCCUCUUCCACACAACCAUGAGUCAGCACGGGAUGGACUCAGAGGUCAUGAAGCAGGUGGUCCGGCAGCAGUUUUACAUCAUCUGUGCCGUAACACUGAACCACCUGCUGCUGAGGAAGGACAUGUGCUCCUGGAGCAAAGGCCUGCAGAUCAGGUACAAUAUCUGGCAGCUGGAGGAGUGGCUAGCAGAAAGGGAGCUGAUGGACUGUGGUGCCAAGGAGACUCUGGAGUCUCUUGUACAGGCUGCACAACUUCUACAGAUCAAGAAGAAGAAUGAGAAAGAUGCCAAUGCUAUCUGUGAAAUGUGCACUGCCCUCACCACAGCACAGAUUGUUAAAGUGUUGACCUUAUACACUCCUGUCAUUGAAUUUGAAGAGCGAGUGUCUACAUCUUUCAUCGCAAUUAUCAGAAACUUCUUGAGAGAUAGAGAGGAGUCAUCCACCUUGAUGAUGGACGCAAAGAAGAUAUUCUCCAUCACUCUCCCCUUCUCGCCCUCCUCUGUGGCUCUGGAGACCAUCCAGAUCCCUGUGAGCCUAAAUCUGGGAUUCCUCAAACGCGUCUAGACCAGGGACUCCUUCACUAGGGACGUUUGGUGCUCGCAGUUCUGUUUAUCAGAGGAAAAUAAACAAUGCUCACAUCUGUGUAUAAACUUUUUAGUGCUGGAAAGUCAAAGAGUCCUUGCUGUGUGAAAAGUGAAAUAACAGAAAAGAAAAAAUGUUUACAGUCAUCCCUUGCUACACCUGACCUAACUAAGGUGUUGAUAGUUCUUCGUAAAUACAUGGCUGCAUUAUUUCAUUCAUUGUUCUGAAAUUGUUCUGAUAUUGCUACACUCAACUCAAACAUUUGGCACAACUUUUUUUAGUAACAGGUUUCCAAUUAUUGGGAUAUGAAAAUAUCCUGGUAACUCUGAAUUGGUAUGUUUAAAUCAAUCAUUUGAAAACAAUUAACCAAGAUCGGCAAUGUUGGAAUAUUGAUUUGCAUCUGAUUUGCACCUGAAAUGCGGGAGCAUUGUUUUAUCUCUGUAACAUUAUAUUUUGUUAGUACUAACAUCAGGUGAUGGUAUUUAUGUCUCUUAUAGGAGAAGGAACAUGUAUGUAUUUAUGCAGUCUUAAUUCUGUCGGUCAUAAUAAAGGCUGGCUUUUGGAAAAAUGGUA